UUCUUAUCGGGCAUUCUGCAAUAAACAAUUCACAUCAAUUUUUAACUAAGAUCAGAAUGCGAACUUCCCCGAAUGUGAUAAUAACAGGCACGCCCGGCGUAGGCAAAACCGUUCAUUGCGAGCAAUUGGCUCAGGAGACUGGUUUGCAGCAUCUAUCCAUCAAUCAGGUCGCAAAAGACCGAGGCUGUUACGAUACCUAUGACAACGAAUUGCAAUCCUGGGUCGUGGACGAGGACAAACUUCUAGACGCUGUGGAGGAUGAGGUGCUUCAGGGCGGAUAUCUAAUCGACUGGCAUGCAUGUGAUCUAUUUCCCAAGUCCUGGAUUGAUUUAGUGGUGGUCUUACGCUGUUCAUCCACAUCUGUCCAUUAUGAUCGCCUCGCAACAAGGGACUACAAUCAAACGAAACUGCAGGAAAAUUUGGAUGCGGAGAUAUUCGGUAUUCUGCUUGAAGAAGCCCGAGAAGCUUUCGAUGAGGAAAUUGUGGUUGAAUUGAAUAGUGAGAAGGACGACGAUGUAGAGUCCAACUGCGCGAGGAUUUCUAGCUGGGUAGAAUCUUGGAAGAGAGACCGGGCGAACAAAAGAGACUGAGCCUCUUACAGUUAUACAAGGGACCCCUUAAUACCAACACUGACUGACCGUGGGCUCCACCGGUGAAAUCAGAGACCUCCGUCGGUCAACCAAUCCUGCAAACUGACCAGAGCUUUAUAU